CGCGGCCCCUCCCAUCAACCCAGCCAACCCGACCUGCAGAAGGCGACUCGUCGGCUAAAAAUACAAGAGAUCACACAAUAUGGCCGGUUUGCCCCGUAGGAUUAUAAAGGAGACACAGCGGUUGUUGGCAGAGCCUGUCCCAGGAAUCAAGGCCGAGCCUGAUGAGGGGAAUGCGCGUUACUUCCAUGUGGUCAUUGCUGGACCCCAAGACUCCCCAUUCGAAGGAGGCACCUUUAAACUUGAAUUAUUUCUUCCAGAAGAGUAUCCCAUGGCAGCUCCAAAAGUGCGAUUCAUGACCAAAAUCUACCACCCAAAUGUUGACAAGUUGGGAAGAAUAUGUUUAGACAUUUUGAAAGAUAAGUGGUCUCCAGCCCUGCAGAUCCGUACAGUGUUGCUAUCGAUCCAGGCGUUAUUAAGUGCUCCCAACCCAGACGACCCCCUGGCAAAUGACGUCGCAGAGCAGUGGAAAACAAAUGAAGCCCAAGCCAUUGAGACAGCGAAAUCAUGGACCAGGCUCUAUGCAGGCAAAAACAACGAAGAUGAGAGAAGAGGCGUCUGAAUGUGAUUCACAGAAUGUACUCCUAUUCUGUCAAGAUGGUCUCCCCCUGGGCACAAGAAAAACAAAAGGCAAAAACAUUACAAGUCCAAACCUAUUCAAAAAUGAGAUGACGAGAUUUACUGCAGAAGACCUCUGGGUGACUUAUUUUCCUUUCCAAAAUCCAUUAGCUACACAUUAUACUUGGUCCUAUGCCACUGUUUAAAUGCAUGGACAGAAGCUGAUACCCUCCCUACAUCAUUAUUAAAAAAGUGUGUUGGAACCCCCCCCCCCCCACAAGGUAUGCCGUAACAAGAAAAAAAUGUGCUGAUGCAAAAAAAACUUUAAACACGCUUCAUAUAAUUUUUCGACAUAUUUGUAUGUGUUUUUGUCAAGAAUAACACAUCCUGUGUCCAUAUGAUAAGACGUCCAUAUUUUAACCAGUUUUUAAAACUAAACCGCUGUCCUUUUCCCUAUUUCCAUAAUCAGCAAGGCGGAUUAUAUGGAAAUGAGGGACUUGUACCCCCCCCUUAAUUUUAAGGACUUUGCUGCAAAUAAGGCCUUAUUGCAGCUUCACACGUUGCAACAAUAUGAUUUGUAGCAUUUUCGCACCUAUUGUGUCCUGCUAGUUUAACUUGCUAACACUUAUGAUCAAUUUCAGACAGGCGAAACUGAUUCACCUAUCUGUGAUUUCCUUUAUUGGAUUAUUGAGCAUGCAUAAAGACAUAAAAUCAGUUUAUUCAGGGGAUUAUGGAAAAUAUUUCCGAUACAAAAAAUGGAGACAAAACUCUGCGAUAUUUUCAAAGCAGCGUAGUAAGUUGAUCAAAAUGCUAAUCAGGCUUCUGAAUUCAGUAAAUCUUAACUCCCAAAUAGAUCUUUUGUUGAAAACCCUCGGACACCUUUUUUUUUUAAAGCUUUGGCACGGUAUAAGUGAAGAUUUACAAGAAGCUGUAAUUUGACACUUUUGUGGAACUGAGGAUGCGAUCUGUCCUGUAUUGCGUGAAACUUAACAUUUUCAUACACAGGCCAAAGAGGCUCAAAGGCACCAAUAUGUACUGCACACGUUCACUGUUUCACCUGUUAAAUAGAUUUGUAGAAUUCACAUAUGUUGUCGAUUACCUGACUUGAGUUGCCGGCAGCAUCAACAAAUCUGUUAACCACAACCAAAAUGUGCAAGUGUUUAGUUGUCAGCCAGUAUUAAUGUUAGAGCUUUCUUGACCCCUGUGGUCCUGUGACUUUAGCUCUUAUGAUUGUCUUUACACUGGGUAUAGUUUGAUUGAGACGACAGGUUUUUGAGCUAGACUAAUCAGUCUGAGGAGAGGCUUGGGGUCAAAUAGUCAAAAUACAUUAAAGUUAGCAGUUAAAAGUUCUGAAAAUCUGCUCCUCCUUAGCCUCAGAUGCUGUGGUUGAGAUGUUUUUUUUCCCAUGCUUUUGAUAACUUGUGGUUCAGUCCUCCCCAGAUCUGCACAAGUGCCAAUAACGGUUUGCCAUUGUUGGGCUAACAGUUGUGUCUUUGCAAACCUGCUUAGACAGUGAAGGAGGAUGGCGGCGGUCGUGUUUGAGUUACAGACUUAAACUGUGCCAUUUCCAACACAGGUUAGAUUGAGACGGCGUAUCUUGUUCUGUUUUUUGUUCAAUACAGUGUUUUAAUCAUGACACAUGUUUUUUCAUUAUGCAUAUUUGCAUGCAUACACAUAUGGAUGCAUACACAUGUUGCAAAGUCAUAGAAUCCGUAUGCUGUCUCAGACUACAUGUUAGGGGUGUGUUGAAAAUGACGCCCACUUAAAGGGUGUUAUAGGCAAAGGUUUAUCUGGUUUAAAAAAAAAAUUUUUUUUGUCUGUCCAUACUAUCUGUUGCCUAUUAUUUUUUUAUUUUCUGUGUAUACUGCAUCUUAAAACAUGUACCAUUACCAAACCAAUAUCAGGGCAUUUCAAACCAUUUUCUUUUCUUUAUUUCAAAACGAUAUUGAAAAACUGCGCUCUCGAGUUUUCUUUAAGGGGAAGGUGCAGAAUUUUUAUCCGCCCCGCCAAACAAUUGCGAAAUUAAUUUAAUGCUGCAGUGUUGAAAUCGCUGUUUGCAUUAUUCAUUCAUAGGGUGCCAAAAGCAAGGAAUGAUAAUUGAUUUUCUUGACCCCAGAAGGGAAAUUGGGUUAAUGCAGUAAAAAAGAAGAGUAUAGAUAACAAUGCAAACAAUUAGAUUAUUUGUAAUAGUAAUUGAAAAAGGGGUCUUAUUUAUGCCUACACAGUUCUUAGUGUGUAAAACCAGUUCUGUGCAGAAGUCAGUCAUAUAUAGUGCAAGGCCGUAAGUCAAAAACCCAAUGCAGGUGAGACCAUUUUCAAAGUGUAAAGUGACUUGUAGGACAGACUUGUGAAAAUCUCGAACCUUUCCUUUUAUGAGCCCUUAUAUAUACAGUAAGGGGUCGGGGUGGGCUUCUUUACGAAAACAUGCCAUUGUCACCUGAGGAGGCAUAAAAGACUCAUCAAUAAGUAGCUUAGAUCCUCCACCAUGUUGCUUUUGUAUGAAUCGCCUGGAAAUUAACUCAAUGUUAUGUCUAAACCUUCCUUCUUUUUUUUUCUUCUUUUUUUUUUAAGUGUUGUGAUUUUUUUUUUUUACGUGCUCCUUCAUUUCGAUCAUAGGCUUGGUGCUUUGCAGGCUUGGUGUUUGAUAGAUGUUUUUUUUUUCUUUUGUUUUUGUUCUGAACCCUCACCCAGAAAUGUUUCCUAACCCUCCAUAAGUGCUACAUUUACACAAGUCCUGAAGGAGGAUUGAGGCUUCAAACCUGGUUAAUUUAUUUUUUUUCCUUGAGGGACUUAACAAUAACAGAUAAAAAUCAAGUCACUGGAUUUUUGAGGCAUCUAGAUCAACGCGUAUAAAGAUCCUAAUCAGCUCCCCGUGUGUAAAAAAAAAAAUGAGGCAGGAAAGUUCUAUCGGUAAUCUCAAUACAUUUGCAUACAUGGAUCUUCAAAUACUCUGUAAAUAAACUGAGUUGAGUAAGCGGAGGUCCUCCUUGUGUGUGUGUUGUGGAUUUUACUUUGUCUUAAAAAUGAAAAUGUGUCGGACAAGUUUUAAUUGUCAAAUGCACAACAAUAUAGCGUGGCAGGCAUUGCUGGCAAGAAAUGCUUAGGCAUCAGUUCAACCUCAAAAAAGCUAAAGAAUAUGACAUAACGGAUGAACUUGAAGCCAAAAAAUUGUAAAAAUUGGCAAAAAAAAAAAAUUGAAUUAUAAACUUACAGUAUUUACAGUCCUGCAUGAGAAAUUAAAAACUAAAGCUAAAAUAACUAAAAAUAGACUAAAAGUAAGCUAAAAUUCAGUGUAUACAGGCUGGAGAGGAAUAAACUUAAACUAAACUGAAGUCACAUUAAAUCUAAUAUUAACAAUUGACAUGGAAAUGUAACAGUGUUU